AUGUCCGACAGCACCGCGCCGCUGGCGUCCCUCUCCCUCACCCACGUCUACUACGACCCAGACGAUGCCGUCUCCCUGCUGUGCGCGUACCUCGCCCUGCUGCCCCAGGCGCUCUGCGUCGUCUACGCCACGCUCAUCCUCUUCACGCGCGAGGUGGAGAUCCUGCUCAUGUUCGCCGGCCAGCUGGGCUGCGAGGCCCUCAACUUCUUCCUCAAGCGGCUCAUCAAGGAGGACCGCCCGCGCAGGAUCCACGGCAAGGGGUACGGCAUGCCCAGCUCGCACGCGCAGUUCCUCGCCUUCUGGAGCGUCUCGCUCGCCCUGUUCCUCCUGGUGCGCCAUCAGCCCCCGCCGCGGGCCGUCGCCGGCCGCCGCGGCCGCCAUCGCCCGUGGUCCCUGCCCGAGAGGCUGGCGCUGAGUGCCGCCGCGGCCGGCGCCGCGGCCGCCACCGCCUGGAGCAGGAUCUACCUCGGCUACCACACGCCGAGGCAGGUCCUCGUCGGGUUUGGGGCCGGCGUCGCCGUCGCCCUGGCCUGGUUUGCCGCCACGGCUGUCCUGAGGCGCGCGGGCUUGCUGGCCUGGGGGCUGGACCUGCCAGUCGCCAAGGCCCUGAGGGUGAGGGACCUGAUUGUGAGUGAGGACUUGUGCCAGGCGGGGUGGGAGAAGUGGCAGCUGCGGCAGACGGACAAGACGAAGACGGGCUGA